GUUGACAUGUACGUCACCAGUGAUCCACGAUGGCGACGUCGAAGGAUUUUGCGGUUCUCGAUUUACAGAAUGAUCCACAAGGCCUUGGCGUCGAUCUGCAGUUUCAAGAUUUUGGUGAUGCUCGUGUGCAACCUGUAGGGUCUGGGGCAGGAGGUGGGAGUCAGCAUGAACAGACCAUCCACUUCACAGAGUUCCCUGACUCAGCUGAGGAUGACCCAGAGCAAGAGAAGGUCAGUCCCAAGAAAAAGAAACGUAAAAUGGAUGUUGAUAGCACCCCAGUUUUGUCGUUCCUUCCUCCGGAGGUAAACGUACGUGCAGUCCUACAAGAGAGCAUGCAUGGACUGGUGGACCUUGUACAAGUUGCAGCUCUGCAGGUUAGAGAGAAGAAGCUGACAUCACGUGCAGUCAAGGAACUGGCGAUCAAGCUGCCUGUUUCCUCACUAAGUCACUUGAAAAGAGUGAAGAGGAUUGUUUCAUGUGCAAAAGCAGGUGAAGAGAUUUCAGAAACUAAACUUGGAAGAGAGGAUGCAAUUAUUGUAUACUUGGACUACUUGGAAAACUUUGGGAUUCCAUGUAUAGAGCACUGGGAGGGUGAUAAUAUCAACAUCCUGACUGCAGAUGAUUCUGCCAAGGUUUUGACCAGGCUCAAGGAGAGUGACAUUGACACUACCCUAUUUGAGGAACGGGUGUUUGCCUCCAAAGUGGCCAAGUAUGCUCCAAAAAUAAGGAAAAUAUAUGAUCAGGCAGCCUUGUACUGGCCCUGCACAUUCCAUGAAGAUACCUAUCUUACACAGCUUUCUUCUUCCAAUUUCUUCAGUGAGGAAGAGAUGAAGUUGAUUGUCCACUACAUGAACAAAGCAAUCGAGUUAGGUCACAUAGCCAGCAAAAAUGGGGCCCCAGCCAUUGGAACUGUUAUAGUGAAUGAUCUGAAAGGUACUAUAGUUGGUCAAGGCAUUGAUGCUAGGCACAGACACCCAUUGCAACAUGCUGUAAUGUUGGCUGUUGAUGAUGUAUCCCAUCAGCAAGGAGGUGGUGCAUGGUCAAAGCAGAAGUUGCCAUCACAAAUUGAUGAUGAAUUGCUUUCUGUUGAUGGUGAAAAUGGUAAAUUAGAAGCAGGAACUGAUGCAUCAAAGCCAGCCAGCUGUGCAGAUGAAGAUAGAGUCCAGAAGUCCAAGGAAAAAAAUAAUUGCAAUAAUGCAGGUGAUGUUAACACUCAGAAUAAUGCAACCAGCAAUCCUAUAUUGGCUUCUCAGAGUAUAAACUGCAACAGUGCAUGUGAAAGUAUGUCAUACAUAUGCACUGGAUUUGAUGUGUAUAUAAGUCAUGAACCAUGCAUGAUGUGUGCCAUGGCACUUUUGCAUUCAAGGGUGCGCCGUGUAUUCUAUGCCUGCCCACAGCCUCAGUUUGGUGCUCUUGGAUCACUUACUAAGUUGCAUACUCUCCCAGGGAUCAAUCAUAGAUAUGAAGUCUUUACAGUCACUGAAAGACUCAUGGGUGAAGAGGAAGGUGGCGAGCCCGUGGGACUCAAGGCCGGAGCCUCCUUUUGGAACUUUGAGUUUUACCAGCAGUUCUUUGAUGUGGAGAGCAAGCAAGUGGGCGAUCGCAUCAUUUGGUCUAUGGUGCCGAAACCAGGGGUCAGCUACCUGCAGUCAUACAUUCGUCCCAACCCUGAUCUGUAUGGUCCAUUCUGGAUUUGUAUGACCCUAGCCUUUACUACAGCAAUCACCGGCAAUUUGGCAAACUACUUGUUAACCAAACCAGAAGACACGUAUAUAUGGAGAUAUGAUUUCCACAAAGUUACUCUAGCCGCCACCGCCAUCUUUGCAUAUGCGUGGCUUGUCCCCUUGGCUGUGUGGGGCAUACUGAUAUGGAGAGGAUCUCGGGCAAAGAUCUCACUACUAGAAUUACUCUGCAUUUAUGGCUAUUCCCUUGCAAUUUUUGUCCCCGUGUCGAUCCUCUGGAUGGUACCACAACCUUGGUUCAAGUGGUGCCUCGCAAUUGUUGCCCCUGUCCUAAGUGGGAGUGUUUUGGUGCGCACUGUCUGGCCCUCACUCUCGCAUGACACCAAGCAAGUGGCCAUUACUAUUGCUGCAUUUAUAUUGAUCCUUCAUGCAACCCUUGCUCUUGGCUUUAUGUUGUACUUUUUCACUGCACCUGACCGGAAGGCAACGCCUGUCAUCCCAGCGACACCAGCAGCCAAUCCCAAUGACAAGGGAGGAGCAGCCACACAAAGCCCAAGCAAAAAUGUAGCAGCUGAAGAUCUUGAUACCAAGACCAAGGAAGUGAAAGAAGGCAUAGAAAAGAUGGAUCCAGAUAAGGGGGAUAAGAUUGUUAAAAAGGACCAAGCUGCAGCAGCUCCAGUCCCAGAGAGCAAGAAGCAGGAGAGGAACACACCUCCCUUGGCUGAGAAUUUGCAAGGACCUGGAGCAGCUGAAGUAGUAGAUAAGCUGAAGAGCAAUGAUGUGGUGUCAGCUGUUCCUGUAAAGAGUGAAAGCAAAUUGAAGAAUAAUCCCACAAGUGAAGAAGAGGAGAAAAGAGACACUGUAAGUGAAGAUAAGUCAAACUCCGACACCAAUGUGUCAGUUUAGACAGAAAUAUAACUGUUGUAGAAAAAAAUGAUGGCAAAGAAUUAUUUUAGUGAAUUGUACAGUUGAUUGGACUAGUGUAUGCAGAGCUUGUUGAUAUUUCUCUACAACUUUUUUGAUUUCAUUGGGUUCCAUAUCAUCCACAAGAUAUACACAUCCAUUCCAAAUAUAUUGUUUAUUUCUAAGAGUACACAUGGUUCUAUACACUAAAGAAGUGAAUGGGGGGAGUAUGUCUUUAGCCAUGCUGUCAAGUCCAAAGACACAGAUACUGAACACAUUUUUUUUUUUUUUUUUUUUUUUUUUUUUUUCCACACAUAUAUAUGUCUGAUUUACACAUGUAAUACCUUCACAGUUUUGGUUGUUUUAUUAGUUGUGCACCAUUGUGUGAUUAAUCAAACACUAAUUUGUUUAUUUUUUCAUGUCAUUUAUUGUUGUGACCAGACUGUAAUUCAGAAUACUGGAUGUACUUUUGUCUCUUUUUUUAUAGAUUGCAUUGGAACAAAAGUAUUGGUAUAUGCAGGAGCAAGGGAGAAGUAUUAAGUCACAGACUGUUACUUCUGUUUCAUUGAAUUGUUUUUUUGGUUCCAAAGUACUUAGUUAUUGAAUUAGAGAGUACAGGUAGAAAUGUAAAAAGUUUCAUAAUACUUCUGACCAGUGUAUUGUAAAUGGAAACAAAGGUGUAAUAUGGUAAGCUAAAUAGCAGAUUCGGCACACUACUGUCUAAAUCUGCUUCCCACUAUUGAUUAUGGUUAUGAAUGACUCUCAGUUCCACAUCAGAUCAGAGAAUGACAUCUCACUUAAGUUAGUUCCUUACUUUCCUUGAAAACAAAAAGUGCAAUACAUAUAUAACAUUUUAUGUAUAUAUAUAUAUAUAUCACACCUCGUCAUUUAUGAAAUUAUUGUAGUACACCAUUAAAUAGGUCGGCAUUAACAGAGAUGAUUAGCAUACUACCUGAACAAGCUUGGAUAUUUUUAAUCAUGUAUAAGAAGUUGGGUUAUUACAAGUUUUGCUUUGCAUGAGUAUAUAUAACUUUGUAUCUUAAAAGUUUGUUCAUUUGUCUAGGGAUGUAUAAGUAAAGUAGAUGAUUACUUAAGGCAUCUGUUUUAUAAUCCAUCCUUUUGCACUAAGAAUGGCUGUGAUAUUGUCACAGGGUGCACUGUGGUAAAAGCUGUAGUCCAUAAUGGCAGUGGGCAGUUUUGUUUAUAAAGUGCUUCUAUAUUGAACAAUUAUCAGGAGGAUCAGAAUGUUGAUUGUUUGAAAUAAGGAAUGUAAGUCAUUUUUAGGGAAUAUUAUAAGGAAUAUAAGCUUGUGACUAAUGUGAACUGUUGCUGAUUUUUGAAAUUUAGUUUCUUUCUUAAUGUUAUUAUACUUUCAUGAACCUCUUAUCAUUGAAAGUGUGUGGAUAUGCCUAUUAAUGUAAAAUCAUUCAUGUAAAUUAAUAUAUAUGAAGAUGUGGGGUUACACCAGAUUAUGACUUUUGCCCUUUUUACUCUUUCUUUUACACUGAAAUGUAUUGCAGAGGGAGUGAAUGAUAUUAAAGACAUGAACUUAGAGGGGAGCCUUAGCUUUCACAUAAAAUUAAGAAUAAACAAGCCAAUUUGAGCUGGCUACUUGCCACUAGAUUUGUAAGUCGUCCUGCACAAACAUGAACAUUUUGAGACAGAAGUAAAGUGGAGAGUAUUUGUAAGAUCCUUAGAUGAUAUUGAGUGCUUGGCACAUUAUUUACACUCCCUUUUUAAAAAUUAUUUGAGUUUGUCACUUUGCCAAGCACUGAGAAUGGGUUAAUGUGAUACUCUCAGAUGGCAAUGUUAUUGUUUUGUUUUUCCUUUGUGUGAAUGGUAAUUUAUUUCUUUGUUUGCAAAGAAGAGUUUGAUUUUUUUUAUUUAUAAACAUUCCAUACAUGUGGAGCUUAUAAUAUUAUUCUGAAUAACAAAAUAGAAAGAAAAAAAUAUUGAUAUAAAUCAAGAUAUUGAGGAGAAUGUAUGUAUGGUAUUGGAUAUGUUUUUCUUCCUAUUCUUUUUUUGUAAGCUUUAAGUAAGUAAAAUGAUUUCCAAAAUGCAUAGUAUAUUUCUGCUUCCUUGUAAGACAAUUAGGUUUUAGUUUUCAGUUUCAUUUGUAAUACUGCAAAUGAGGGCGUAGAAGUACAGACUUUUUAGUUAAUAUGCUGAAUAUUGUAUAUUCAUUGUUAUAAAAUAUAACAUCUUGUAAAUUAGGUGUAUGUAAGACUUUCUGGCAAAAUUUAGAACUGGAACUUGCAGUCAGAAAUAUAGAAAAAAGAAUGAUCUUACAAAUUGCUAUAUUAUUUGUAUAUUGUUAAUUGUUUGUAUAUAAAUAUUUGGUAGUUUUUAUCUUCACUUGAAUAUACAUUAUUAAUUACAUCAUUUACAAAUAUAACCACCAGUAACCACAAUAUAGUCAUUUGAAGUCUUGUAAAGUGUGUUUCUUAAUAAGAUGUAUUCAUGUGUUAAAAUUGUGUACCUUUUCGAAAGAUGUGUUUUUGUGCUAAAGUGUGUUUCUUUGCUUAGGUUGGUUUAAGUGUGUUAGUGUGUUUAACCCCUGGUAACAAUAAUUUCUCAGGUGCUACAGUUGGUGAGUAUCUUUUCUUCCCAGAAAGCAUCACAGAAAGAUCCAGCUGUCUUGAGAAGCAUCAACAGAAUUCAUCUUUCUGUCUUUAUGUAUUGGCGGCUCACAGAGGACUGUGCAAAGAGGAUUGAGUAUAGUUGCAUUCUCUUUGUGAAAGUUAUUUAACUGAAUGUAAUGACUGAGGCAUAAGAGAAAAAUGAGUGAAUGUUUUGUUUGUAACUUCUCAGUAUUUAUGCCUACGGAAGAUGAAAAUGAUUUAGGGACCUUUUUCAUCUGUAUUUUUUUCUCUCUCUCUUUUUUUUUAAGGUACAGUUACAUCUUAUAUCAAUAAUGCUGGUGCCAUUUCAGUUUUAAGAGCAUCAGAUUGAUUCAUAUACCAUCUGGUGUAUGUAUGGCUAUGUAAUUCCAUUUCAUUUCCAUCAUGACAAUCUAUUUGAGUGGGCUUCCUGGUAUUACUGUAAGGAGAUGUAUUAUUUUGUAAUUAAAAUAUGGUUAAUUAACAUUCACAGCAGUGUUAACUGUGAAUUGUUUCUGCGUGUUCAUUAAAAAUAUUACUCUGUACCAUAUUUUAUUGACGUAUCUAUUUAUUUCAAUUUUAAAUUUAGGAAAGUAUGUAUCGCAGUGGUUUACCAACUGUGUGUGUGUUGUUAAAUGAUUUAAAUAUUUAA